UUUCCCUUUUUUUUUUUCUUUCCCCUUUUCCCUUUUUCUUUUUUUUUUUCACGAAGCCACAAAGCAAUACUUUCUUUUCUUUUUUUUUCCCUUCUUCUUUUGGAAACAUGGGUUUUUGUGGUGAAAAGACUUCAAACAUAUCUGUACGUCGUAAAUUGGUUGUAGUAGGUGAUGGCAAUUGUGGAAAGUCAUCUUUACUUAAUGUCUUUACCAAAGGUAUCUUCCCACAGGUCUAUGAACCCACUGUUUUUGAAAACUAUGUUCAUGAAAUCACUGUGGAUGGUCGAGUAGUGGAAUUUGGUUUAUGGGAUACUGCUGGACAAGAAGAAUAUGAUAGACUUCGAACAUUGUCAUAUGAAAAUACGAACGUCGUUUUAUUAUGUUUCUCUGUCGAUAACCCGGUCAGUUUGGACAACAUUUUGGAAAGAUGGAUACCUGAAAUCUGUGAUCAUUGUGCUGGGGCUAAACUUAUGCUGGUGGCUCUCAAAUGUGAUUUACGUGAUGAAGAAUCAAUUACAACAGAACCAAUUAUGUAUGAACAGGGAGUUGCUAUGGCUCGUCAUAUAGCAGCAGUUCGCUACUUAGAAUGUUCAGCAAAACACAACAGAGGUGUUCGUGAGGUUUUUGAACAAGCUGCAAGAGUGGCUAUGCAUGAUUACAAGGCACGUCGAUCAGAUCGUUGUACUAUCAGUUGAACCCAAUGAAGAAUACCAAUAACAACAAUCAUUAUCUGAUUAAGACAAAUAUUAUGGAAUUUUAUUAUUAUUCUUUUUUUUAUCCAUUAUAUCAUAUACACAGUCAAAAAUAUCCAAUCCUUCCAAAAAUAGUUACUUCUAUCUAUUCUUUC